AUGGCAGGCAAUGCACUAUCACAAUUACCGAACGCCAAAUCUGUAACAACUCAUCCUAGUUUUGCUGGUCAAUUACUUCCGUUCAAAUGCCUCUUAUAUCAGAAUAGUCGGUCGGCGAUAGCAUUAUUAUUACAUAAGUUAAAGAGAAGAUUCUCAAAGGAAAUGUAUCCUCCCUUUCUAAGUUCCUCAUUUUCGAAUGCAAACCAACAAUAUUUCGAUAAUAAUAUUGUUGAUAAAUAUAGUGCAUUCAAACUUGCAUGUUACUUAAGUGAUGAAUUGCUACUUGAAAUACCGCCGGAACCCCUACGACAAAUCAUGGUUGCAAAUGAAAGAGUGGAAAAUGAAGUAGCCAAUUUGUGUGAUAAUAAUCAGGAGGUAAGUCUUUAUUGGGGAUUUCAAUUACAUUUUUGGUAUUAUGGCAUAUCCUCCGAAGGAGAUCAAUUUACUGAAAAAGAUUCUUCAACUUCUAGUUGCCGAAUUGAACCACCUCUCUCUAAUCACGAUUUAGAAUCAAUAAAAACAGCAUAUUCUUUAUCUUACCUAAAUAAAUCUUUUAAUAGAAUAGUCGAAGAGUUCUCAACUAUUGAACUACAAAAACAGAUUGUUCGGAACGAUAUUGCGAAGUUGGAUUUUAGAAUACAGCAAUUACAAUAUUCCCAACAAUCACAAUGUCAAAAACUUGCUAUUGUUGAAAAGUUCGAGUUAGAAUUGGAGAAUGAACUAAAAACAAUCGAUGACAGAAAAAACUUUGUUGCAGAGUACGCAUCAGAAUUCGAUAGAGAGACAGAAACACAGCAAAAGAACCAGUCAUUCUAUCAGGUACAUACAGAAGAAUCAUCAAAUUUAUUAUCAAGUGUUUCACUUAUCAAUAAUGGCGAGGGUGACGAUAUGUCAUAUUCAAUGCGUUCAUCCUCUUUCGAGCAAGUUACUGAAAACACAACAGCUAUUGAGGACUUGGCAGAUAAUGUAACAAAAAAACAUACAUCUUCUAGUACGACUAGAUCUAACUACAAUCUUGGUGAUAAAAUUCAUUCAUUUAAGAGUGCUCAUACAGAUAGCAUUACAUGCUUAGAUUUUGCCAAAUCCUGGAAUACUUUAUGUACUGCUGCUAACUAUGACAAUACAGUCAAGAUUUGGGAUUUAUCGACCACCGAGCAACUUGGGUCGUUCUCUGGACAUAAAGCCACAAUCAAUUGCCUCCAAAUGAGUAACAAUAAUUCGUUACUGAUGACAGGAAGUAAAGAUGCCACUGUAAAAGUUUGGAAUAUUGAUCUAGGUAUCGAAUUAGCAAAAAAAGAAAACAAUCAACUGGAAGAAAAGGAUGAGUCACCUUGUGUUUUAACUUUUGAUUCACAUAGUGAUGAAAUUACAGCGUUAUCUUUUGAUGGCGAAUAUCUUAUAAGUGCUUCAAGAGAUAAAACAGUUCGCCAAUACGAUAUUAUUAGUGGCAAAUGUUUCCAAACGUUAGCUACAAAUUUCGGUUCCAUCUCUAAAACCAAUGGGGAUAUGCUGAUGUCAAGGAACAGCCCUGUAGUAGGGGCAUUACAAUAUUAUAAUACAGCAUUAAUUACUGGCUCAAGUGAUGGUAUUGCAAGACUAUGGGAUUUAAGGAUCGGAAAAGUAGUUAGGUCAAUGGAAGGUCAUAAUGGUGCUAUUACUUCAUUACAAUUUGAUCCAAUCAAACUUACCACAAGUUCAACAGAUGGAGACAUAAGAGUAUGGGAUCUCAGAACUGCGGGGUGGCUUGAAUUACAUCCUUGUGGUUUACCAGUGACUUCAUUCGAUAGCAGUCCUCCGGGUUUGUUAGCAGUCAUUUCAGAAGGAGAGGAGAGAAUUAGGAUAAUAGACCAACAGAAGAAAGAUCAUUGGUUUUGCGGGGAGUCAGAAAAUGUUAUCGAUGAAAUGAUGGCGCCAUCGUCCUACUCAUACGCAACCUCAGUUAAAUGCAGAGACGACCGGAUGGUAGAAGGCCGAAGUAAUGGUACAGUCAACUUAUGGGCAAUUUGA